GCAAGACCGACCCCCCGCAUCCCCCUACCCGCCCCAAUGCUCGCCCGCGCCUCCGCCCCCCUGCGCCGCGCCGCCGCCGGCGCCACGCGCAACGCCAGCACGAUCCAGUCCAUCCACGCGCGCGAGAUCAUCGACAGCCGCGGCAACCCCACGGUGGAGGUGGACCUGACGCUCUCGGGCAGCUCCGAGAUCUUCCGCGCGUCCGUGCCCUCGGGCGCGUCCACGGGCAUCCACGAGGCCGUGGAGCUGCGCGACGGCGGCAAGCGCUACGCCGGCAAGGGCGUGCAGCAGGCCGUGGAGAACGUCAAGAGCGUGCUGGCCCCCAAGCUCAUCGGCGAGGACCCGACGCAGCAGCGCGCCAUCGACGACCUCAUGCGCGAGAUCGACGGCACGGAGAACAAGGGCAAGCUGGGCGCCAACGCCAUCCUGGGCGUGUCGCUGGCCGUGGCCAAGGCGGGCGCCGCCGCCAAGGGCGUGCCGCUCUACCAGCACUUCGCCGAUCUCAUCGGCAACAAGAACCUGGUGCUGCCCGUGCCCAGCUUCAACGUGAUCAACGGCGGCUCGCACGCCGGCAACAAGCUGGCCUUCCAGGAGUUCAUGCUGCUGCCCACGGGCGCCGAGAGCAUCUCGGAGGCCAUGGUCAUGGGCUGCGAGGUGUACCACCAGCUCAAGAGCGUCAUCAAGAAGAAGUACGGCCAGGACGCCACCAACGUGGGCGACGAGGGCGGCUUCGCCCCCAACAUCCAGAGCAACCGCGAGGGCGUGGAGCUCCUCAUGACGGCCAUCAGCAAGGCCGGCUACGACGGCAAGAUCGGCAUCGGCAUGGACGUGGCCUCGUCCGAGUUCCUCACCAAGGACGGCAAGUACGACCUGGACUUCAAGACGGAGGGCUCCACGGACCUGCUCACGGGCGAGGAGCUGGGCCAGCUCUACAAGGACCUGGCCAAGGAGUUCCCCAUCAUCAGCAUUGAGGACCCGUUCGACCAGGACGACUGGACGCACUACUCGGCCUUCACCGCCGGCAUCGGCGAGCAGGUGCAGAUCGUGGGCGACGACCUGCUGUGCACCAACCCCAAGCGCAUCGCCACGGCGCUCGACAAGAAGGCCUGCAACGCCCUCCUGCUCAAGGUCAACCAGAUCGGCAGCGUCACGGAGAGCGUGGACGCCGUCGCGCUCGCGCAGAAGAACGGCUGGGGCGUCAUGACGUCGCACCGCAGCGGUGAGACCGAGGACUCGUACAUCGCCGACCUGGCCGUGGGUCUCGCCACGGGCCAGAUCAAGACGGGCGCCCCGUGCCGCUCGGAGCGCCUCGCCAAGUACAACCAGCUGCUGCGCAUCGAGGAGGCCCUCGGCAGCGGCGCCAAGUACGCCGGCAAGCACUUCCGUAACCCCUCCAAGAUGUAAGCUGGACAAUUUCUAUUAAGGCAGAAGGGAGCCAGCCCGACGCGUUCGUGGUGACAGAUUAGUUAGUUGCUCUGCAGGCAGAACGGUAGCAUGAGCAGUCCUGGGCCAUGCAUUGGGUUCUCAGAAGAAAUGAAUGUGCCCUAGCGAGGGCGUGCGCUCCUCU